AUGAUGGGAAGCAGACUGGAAGCUGGAGGUGAGGCAGAGCAAAGGAAGAAUCAAGAAAAGAUGGCUGGUGAAGAAGAAGCAAGCAAGCACGCAAGCAAGCGCUAUCGGACGCUGUUUAUUGGAUGGAAGUCGGCGGCGGGCAGCAACUCGCAGCAGAGACAGACGCAGAAGGACGCAGAGGACGCAGAGGACGCUGCAGGUAGAGCUACAAAGAGAGAAGCUGUCGGUUAUAGUCAAUUAGUAACUCAUCCUGUAACUACUCCGUACAGCAGACAGCUGCAAUACGAGGGCCAGCAACAGCAACAGCAAGCAACAGCCAACAACAAGAAGACCGAGCUUCGUCCACCAAAGCUGCCUCUCGUCUUCGUCCCAUGGAACCUGAAGGACUCACGUGUGGCGAUACCUGCAGCGCCCGUAGCGGUACCUCAGCCUCUGCGGCAGCCCCUGCGGGCGGCGGAGUAUCGCUACCGGCACGAAAGUCACUGGCGAAGCUCGAGGCCGGGUAGCUUUCCUGGUGACGUUCUAGAAGAAGAAGAGAAGCGGCAGAGAAGCGAGCGAGGGCGACCGUGGUUUCUUGUCUCUUGUCGCUCUGUUUUGCGUUCGCUCGGGCUCGUCUCGACGUCAUCGCGGCCUCUUCGCCUACAUCUAUCUACCUACCUGGCCUCAGACCCUCCAUCUUCAGCCUCUGCUGCCUCUUGCGUCUCGUCUUCGUCUCUGCCGUCUUGCUUGCUCGCUGCGAAACAGAUAACUUAA